GCCUGAGGCGUUCGCGGGGAGGCCGGGGCGGGAAGGAAGGGCGCCCCUGGGAGCGGAAGGCGGGCUGCAGACUGGAAAGCGUAGACUUGUCGGCCGGUCGGGAAGAUUCGUGGUCUAUCGGGGAGCUUGGGGAGGGACUGCCGUGGCUGCAGAAGGUGGAGGUGAAGGUUAUGUAGGGGCAACUGCUUUGGGGAUCCCAAGGAUCCCUUGGGGGAGAUCAAAAUGGGGCGGGGGAAGUUAAUGUCUAAAAGGCGGCCGGAUUUCCUGAGAGUUUUAAAGGAAAGAGAACCUUUCGGGUGAGAGCUUUGGCGUUAGCUGGCUGAGGUUUGAUGUGUCUGGCCCUUUUGUUCCUUCUCGAAACCUAUCCUGGCCACAAUGAGGCCUUCCAGCCUCGCGCCCUUGGCCAGCUCUCCUCUGCAGAUGCGAGAAAGCAAAACAUUUCUGAACCCGCGCCGCGCCUCUUGCCUCUUUCGGUUGUACUCUCCUUGGGCAUAUGCAAAGCAAAACUAGAACAAAGCUUGACUGGUUGGAGCUGGAGGCGAGAAAACCAGCUGCCUGUAGUGUUUAAAUUUUUCUUACACAGGGAAGAGACUGCGUCCCACCAAAACAUUUGGGUCUCUGUGUGUACCCUUCUGUAUUUUCCCUUCCCACCUUUCUUGGGGGGGCGUAGUAGUCCCUAAAGUGUGACCUCCCCCCGCCCCCUUCUCUCAGAAGUAGAAAUUAAGAAAACCUAAGCAGUGUUUUUACCUUUACCUAUGGGAGAUUCAAAACUAAUUUUUUUUUUCCUUUUUCUAGUUUGGUGAUCUGGUUGUCAGAUGUUGGAAGGCAAUAGGACAGAACAUACAUACUCUACGUGGUUUUAUAUCCUUUUUGGGUGCAGUCGUUAACAUUGAACUUUGGUUCCUGUAACUCUUGCCUGUGUCUCUAAGAGUUAAGCUGGAGCUUUGCUUUGAAGGAUAAAUAAAGCACAGCCUCUCAACUGGACAUAAAUGGAUCUAAAGACAGCAGUAUUUAACGCAGCUCGGGAUGGUAAACUCCGGCUUCUCACAAAGUUGUUGGCAAGCAAAUCCAAAGAGGAGGUUUCCUCCCUGAUCUCUGAGAAAACAAAUGGGGCCACACCACUCUUGAUGGCAGCCAGGUAUGGGCACCUUGACAUGGUAGAGUUCCUCCUUGAGCAGUGCAGUGCCUCCAUAGAAGUUGGGGGCUCCGUGAAUUUUGACGGUGAAACCAUUGAGGGGGCUCCCCCUUUAUGGGCUGCUUCUGCAGCAGGACAUCUAAAGGUAGUCCAGUCUUUGUUAAAUCAUGGAGCAUCUGUCAACAACACAACUUUAACCAAUUCAACUCCUCUUCGAGCUGCCUGUUUCGAUGGCCACCUGGAAAUAGUGAAGUACCUUAUAGAACACAAAGCUGAUUUGGAAGUCUCAAACCGACAUGGGCAUACGUGCUUGAUGAUUUCAUGUUACAAGGGACAUAAAGAGAUUGCUCAGUAUUUACUUGAAAAGGGGGCAGAUGUUAAUAGAAAAAGUGUUAAAGGCAACACUGCAUUGCAUGACUGUGCAGAAUCUGGAAGUUUGGACAUAAUGAAGAUGCUCCUUAUGUAUUGUGCCAAGAUGGAAAAGGAUGGCUAUGGAAUGACUCCCCUCCUCUCAGCAAGUGUGACUGGUCACACAAAUAUUGUGGAUUUCCUGACACACCAUGCACAGACCAGCAAGACAGAACGUAUCAAUGCUCUAGAGCUUCUGGGAGCUACAUUUGUAGACAAAAAAAGAGAUCUACUUGGGGCUUUGAAAUACUGGAAAAAAGCAAUGAACAUGAGGUACAGUGAUAGGACUAAUAUAAUUAGCAAACCAGUACCACAGACAUUAAUAAUGGCUUAUGAUUAUGCCAAGGAGGUAAACAGUGCAGAAGAACUAGAAGGUCUUAUUGCUGAUCCUGAUGAAAUGAGAAUGCAAGCACUGUUAAUUAGAGAACGUAUUCUUGGUCCUUCUCACCCUGAUACCUCUUACUAUAUUAGAUACAGAGGCGCUGUCUAUGCAGACUCUGGAAAUUUCAAAAGAUGCAUCAACCUGUGGAAAUACGCUUUGGAUAUGCAGCAGAACAAUUUGGACCCUUUAAGUCCAAUGACCGCCAGCAGUUUAUUAUCUUUUGCAGAACUGUUCUCUUUUAUGCUACAGGAUAGGGCUAAAGGCCUGCUGGGCACUACUGUUACAUUUGAUGAUCUUAUGGGCAUACUGUGCAAAAGUGUCCUUGAGAUAGAGCGAGCUAUCAAACAAACUCAGUGUCCAGCUGACCCUUUACAGUUAAAUAAGGCUCUUUCCAUCAUUUUGCACUUGAUUUGCUUGUUAGAAAAAGUUCCUUGUACUCUAGAACAGGACCAUUUCAAAAAGCAGACUAUAUACAGAUUUCUUAAGCUGCAUCCAAGGGGAAAGAAUAACUUCAGCCCUCUUCAUCUGGCGGUGGACAAGAAUACUACAUGUGUAGGGCGGUACCCUGUUUGUAAAUUUCCAUCUCUGCAAGUUACUGCCAUACUGAUAGAAUGUGGUGCUGAUGUGAACGUCAGAGACUCCGAUGACAAUGGUCCCCUACAUAUCGCUGCUCUGAACAACCAUCCAGACAUCAUGAAUCUUCUUAUUAAAUCAGAAGUUGUGGUUGCUGAAAUGGAAUCAAAGUUUUCAGUUGGAGAAAUUUGUCGUCCUGCCAUUUUGAAUGAAGCCUUAAAGAUGCAGACUUCUUGCCACUACACUUGUCAUCUGUCAUCUUCUGUUUCCAGAGACUGAAGUAAGAGACCACAGUUGCAAAGCAGAUUGGACAAAUCUGGUUCCAUAUAAACCUCAGCUUCUUUGAUGCUGUAUUUCCCUCAAGAGGAUCAGGUAAGUGAAUGGGAAAAUGGAGGAAAAGCUGGUUGGACUUGAAUGACUUACUCUCUGUAGACUAUUAUGAAGUAAAUUAAUGCUGCCAAGGUUAAACAUCUACUUAUCCUUAGACUUUUGGGUUUUAUCCUUAGGCUAUUCCUUCUCAUCAAUCAAUUGAAUUCUCCCAUUUCUACAAAUACCUACAAUCUUAUUCAGAAUAUAUUAAUAGAGUUCUAACCUAUUCUCCACUUAAACUUUGACUUUAUCUGACAGCCAUUUUAACUGAAUAUUUCUCGGUACAUAGUUUGGAAAUCCAUUUAUGCAUUGGGUCAAAUGGAAUGAAACAAUGGUUGACCAUUAAGAUCUCAUAUUUAACUCACAGAAGAGGCAGAGACAUUCAUGAAAGAAAAAAAAAAUUUUUUUUUCAGACAUAUCUUGAGAACAUACUGAGCAAAAGAACACAAUUAGACCCAGAGAUUGUGAGGCUUCUGAACUGACUGAAAGAUUUUGAAGCCCUUGGAGCUGAUUCCAUUCAUGAUUCGAUGUCGAGCUUGCUAGCACUUCACUCUGAACUGGCCAACCACUGCAAGCAUCAGCUUUCUCAUCUGUGAAAUAGGGUUAUUUUCAUCAAUGUCAACUCUGUACCACCUCCAGGACUUAUCAGGAGGAGUCAUGAGCAAGAGCUGCGAAAAUUAAUAUACGAAGUACCACUAUCAGGUCCAUCAAUUUUUAGCAAAAAGGCCACGCAGCAGAAGUAAUCAAAUGCAAUUAUGGCAGAGAAGGGAGGGUGGAGAAAAAAGCCUAUGCUAUUUUUAAUUACUGGGCCUUCAAUUUGAUUUCAAUAAUCAUGAUAAAAUGUUGUACCCCAUCUCUUACCUCCCCCUCUUUUUUCUCCUUUCCUUUUUUUCUUUCCCCUCUGUUUGUCUCUCCUUCUUUCUUCUUCCUUCCUUCCUCCCUUCCUUUCUCCCUCCCUCACUCCCUCCCUCCCCUUCCCUCUUUCCCUCCCCUCUCCCUCCCUCCCUUUCCUGCCUCCCUCCUCCACCCUCCCUUCCUUCUUCUGUCCCACUAUUCUUUGCUCAAUGAGGAAUCUGAAGAUGCAAUUUAACAAUAUAGGCACAUGGAAAAGUAAGAUAGGUAAGCUAGAAGACAACCACUUUGCUUGCUUUUUUUUCUUUAUUUUUAUAUUUCAGUGAGCUGAUUUUUUAAAUUGUGCUUUAGGUGAAAGUUUACGGAGCAAAUUAGUUUCUCAUUAAACAAUUAAUAUAUAUAUUGCUUUGUGACAUUGGUUGCCAACACUGAGAGGUGUCAACACUCUCCCCUUCUCCAUCUUGGAUUCUCCAUUUCCAUUCGUCAAGCUUUCCUGCCCCUUGUCAUCCUUGCUCUUGGGCUGGUGUGCCCAUUUAGUCUCACAUACGUGGUUGAGCUACAUGUGUUAUUGUUUGUUUUAUAGGCCUGUCUAAUCUUUGGCUGAAGGGUGAACCUCAGGAGUGACUUCAGUACUGAGUUAAAAGGAUGUCCGGGGGCCUUGCUCUUGGGGUUUCUCUAGUCUCUGUCAGACCAGUAAGUCUGAUCAUUUUUUGGGAGUGUGUGUGCGUGAGUUUGAAUGCUUGCUUUUUUUAUUCUUUUCAUUCAGAAAUUCUUUAGACCAUGUAUAAAGUGUAAGCACUGUGAAAGAUAUUACAGAGUAUGCAAAAAGAUGAGCAAAUAUACCCAUGCCUUUUAGGAGUUUACAGUCUAAUGCGGAAAGGAAAAAAUAACCAUGAUACUUGGGAGAGAUUAGUUUGUGUCUUAGGAGAAGCCCAGAAAGCUGGCUAUGAGACUUCAAGAGAGGGGACAUGACUUGUGAUGGGAGAAAGAAGAAAUCCAGAUGCCUCAAACGCAGUUGGUAGAAUAGGUCCAUGGAGUGAUGAGUACGUAGCAGUUUAGUCAUUUAUAACCAUCCAACAAGUGUUUGUAUGUACCUCUGUGUCAGACAUGUGCUUAGAACUAGUAUAUGAUAAUGAGCAAACACAAUAUAGUCCUAGUCUUAAUGAUGCUUCUAGCCUAGUUUGGAAGACAGACUUUAUAUGAAUAAACAUACAUAUUUAGAUGUAAUAUGCAAAUGGAAGUACAGGGAGCCACGAGAUAGAAUAACAGGGGGGGACAUAAUUUAGAUUAGUGGGGAGGACAUCAACAGAAGACUCUGAGGUCCUUGAGAUUAACAGGAGUUGGUGUGAGGGAGAGUUCUCCAGGCAGCAGUGACAGCAUGAGACAAGAUCUUGGGGUAGUUUCCUGCUACUUCAAGAAAACAAAAGCAGGCCUUGGUAGCCUGAGCUUAGUAGGCAGGAGUGAGAGUGAUAAGACAAAUAGUUGGGGAGUUAGGCAGAGGCUAGUCAUGUGGGCAAGUGAUCUUUCACAUCCUACCUCUUAUGCCCCACCACAGUAGGGAAUGAUGACCACAAGGCCCAUGUGAACAGAGGUAGCUCCCUCAUGGCCUGGCAUCAGAAUGACCACCAUUACAGGGUUUCCUAUGGGGGGAAAAAAUAGAAGCAUUAUUAAAAAUUUCACUGAUACCAGAAAAUCUCUGAGAGAAGUGAAGUAGUGUUGCAAGGUGCAGGACACAGCACCUGGCAUCCUUGGGGAAGGGGGAAUGGACUAUAGUUACUUGGGGACCUUCCUGUUGGAUCCCUGGGUUUAAGUAGUGACAGUUCCUUUGAGAAAUCAAGUAUGUUUUCUGAGAAGUGCAAUACAUAAAUGAACUGGCCUUUUAAAUCCAAAUCCUUUAUUAAAUUAGGGAACUGGGGAACUGGCAUUUUCUUAGUGGUUAUACGAGACAUUGGGAGCUUCAGUGGAACUUUGUCCUAAUGGAUAUUAGUUUGAGCUUCCUCUCCUGCGUAUGAAUUCUAAGUCUCUCAUUAGAACUUAAGCCAAGGUUUCUUAACACCAAUACACGCUAGAAUCACUUGGGGGAGCUUGUGAUAAAGAAUGAUGCUUGGGCAUCAACCACAGAGAUUCUGACUUAAUUGUUGACUCGAUGGCAAUGGGGAAUGGGGAAUACAGGGUCCAUAACUUUGAAAACUUCUCCAGGUGAUUUUAAAAUGCAACCAAGGUUGGGAACCUGGGGCUUUAGCCCUUUCUACAGGUGGGCUUUACCCAUGACCAGACCUCUUCCUGAACAAUUUUACUUUCUUGGACAAUUGCUCUCAAAAACUAUCCAUUGGAAUCACCCAAGGACUUUCAAAUAUAGAUCCCUGACAGCCAGGUUUCUGACUCAGUAGUUCUGGGUGUGGCUGUGAAAUCUGUAUUGAAACAACUAGGUAAGAAAUUUAAAUGAUCAACCACAUCUGGCAGCUACUAUUCUAGGAAACUCACUUUCAACAAUUCAAAUCAAUUCACAUCACCAACUGAUUUUGUUAAUCUUGUUUUUGUUAACUAGUUUUUGCUGUUCAGCAUCCACUUCCCCUUUCCUCUAAAUAUGGCACCUUGAUUUUCCUAGGGGUACCAUACCUCUCUUCCUUUUAGGCCAUGGAGUUCUGGAGGAGCUGACCCGUACUUGGUUAUAGUGGUGGCCCAUAACCCAUUGUGGCCAGUCAAUAGAUUCCAUCUUUCUUCAAAUACUGAAAUAAACUGGUUCAAUACAACCCAAGCUUUGGAUUUUUGCCAGAUGAUUUCAAUCUCAUUUUCUGAAAUUGCUGACCUGGAUGGGUAUAAACCAGGAUCUGCUGGUGGUCAUCUCCGUGAGGCUGAAUGCUGCCUGAGAAGGGAGUCAAGACAAGAAGAAAUGGGCUGGAGAAGGGGAGAAUGACCCAUGUUCUCCAGAUUCCCUGGCAACAUCACAUGAAACCCUGACUCGAGAAAUGCAAUGCCUAAAGUUAGAUCACUACCAGAAUUUUCUGUCUUACCAAACCCAAAACCCUGUUUCUGUUGAAUCAGUUCCAACUCAUAGAGACCUUAUACGGCAGAGUAGAACUCCCCCAUAUGGUUUCCAAGGAGAGCCUGGUGGAUUCAAACUGCCAGCCUUUUGGUUAGCCGCCAUAGCUCUUAAACAGUACACCACCAGGGCUUCCUUUCUGUCAUGUUUUGUUGUUAGGUGCUGUCGAGUCAGUUCUGACUCAUAGCGACCCUAUGUGCCACAGAACAAAACAGUACCUGGACCUGCGCCAUGCUCACAAUCAUUGUUAUGCUUGAGCCCAUUGUUGCAGCCACUGUGCCAGUCCAUCUUGUUGAGGGUCUUCCUCUUUUCCGCUGAACCUUUACUUUACCGAGCAUGAUGUCCUUUUCCAGGGAACGAUCCAUCCUGAGGAUGUCCAAAGUAUGUAAGAUGCAGUCUUGCCAUCCUUGCUUCUAAGGAGCAUUUUGGCUGUACUUCUUCCAGGACAGAUUUGUUCAUUCUUUUGGCAGUCCAUGGUAUAGUCAACAUUCUUUGCCACCACCACAAUUCAAAGUCAACAAUUCUUCUUCAGUCUUCCUUAUCCAGUAUUAUUCAGUAUUCAUUAUCCAGCUUUCUUAUGCAUAUGAUGCUAUUGAAAAUAUCAUGGCUUGGGUCAGGUGCACCUUAGUCUUCAAGGUGACGUCUUUGCUUUUCAGCACUUUAAAGAGGUCCUUUGCAGCAGAUUUGCCCAAUGCAAUGCGAUCCUUGACAACUUCAAGCAUACAUAUAACACCUAGCUUAUUUCCUGUCCAGAGGGAUUACUUCAUAAAUCUUAGCUUUUUGUCACUACGGUUCCACAAGCUUCGUGACCUAGGAUAAAAGACUUCCAGUCCCCAGGUUUCUUCAAUUGUAAUAUGGGGGCUUGAUCUAAAUGGUGUUUAAUAUUCCAUUUUGGCUUAAUUUUCUAAGACAGCAUUUAUGGACAUGCCACUUGGAAAAAAGGUUCUGUGAUCAGAAAAGCUUGGGACUUGCUGGGAUCAAAGUUAAGCAGGGACUUGUCCAAGGUCACCUAGCUGUGGCAAGUCUGUAGCCAAGCCUGCUGUGAUUGGAAGUUCUAUAUUUUUUUAAGGGUUUGGUUUACACAAGUGCAUGCAUUUGUUAAAACUUAGCGCCUGUAGACUCAAUAUACGUGCAUUUCAUUGUAUGAAAUUUUUACAUCUAAAGGAGAUUUCUAUAAACUAAUACUGAGCUCUAGUUAAUGAUACACAUACUGAAGUAUUUAGGGGGAAGUGUAUUGUCUGCAAUUUGGUUUUGAAAUGCACAAAAAGUAAGAUGGAGUAAUGGAUGGAUAGAGGGAUGUAUAGGUAUGGGAUGAAGAAAGUACAGUAAAUGAGAGAAUCUAGGUGGGGUUAUAUCCGCGUUCACUGGAAAGUUCUUUCAACUGUGCUGUAUGUGUGAGAUUUUUUAUAAUGUAGGAGAAGAACAUCUGUAGCCAAGUCCAAUUUCUGCCCAACAGCUUGGUCUCUGUCCAGCCUGGGACUCCUGCUUCCCCUGGGUCCCCAGGAGAAGACCCCAUUGUAUAAACAAGUGUCUGUUUUCUGUAGGACCUCUAAGAUGAAACAGGCACAAUAUCUUAUGCGGUGAUUCCCUUCUUCACCCUUUUUUCAUAACAAGUGAAGCGAAAUUCCCUCUAGCUCCUUCCCCUCAUUUUAUCAAGAGCCAAAACCCUCUUUAAGCCCCAGUAAGCAGGUCUGAAAUAACCCCCUUCUUUAACCAUCGUCACCUCUCUUCCCAGCUCACCAUUGGCUUCGGUGGCUCCCCCUCCUCCAACAGGCACUUUUUCUCCCCUGCCCCUCCCUCCCCAAGGUCUGUGUUCUGGGCUGAGUGAGCCAGGGAACCAUCUGGGAUUCCUCCUUUGCCUUCCCUUUCUCAUUCUCAUCUGAGGCAAGUCCAGGGGUUUGAACAGAUUUCUCUGUUUGUAGUUUUAUUCUGUUUAAUGAAUUAGUCAGGCACAUCAAAUCUGCUACCACUCUGCCUUAAGCUCUAAUUUCAGUCCAUUUUUGCGUAACAAUAAUUCCUGUCAUUUGCAUAUCCUUUUCUUAAUUCCAAGCACUUUCCAGACCAUUCCAUAACUUAUCUGAAUUUUCAUAAGCUAGGUAGGCAGCUGUCAUUCCUCUUUCACAGAUGGAGAAUAUUGGAGGUAUUGGAAACUAACAUUUAUUAAGUUCCUAUUGUAUGUACUCACUGUUCUUUGCGCUUCCAUGGCAUUGUCUCACAUAAAACACACAACCUCCUUGUGAGAUGCUUAUUGUAUUGGUCCCACUUUUACAAAUGAUGAAAUGGAGAGAGACCCAGAGAGAAUAUUUUCCAAGGUCCAACAACCAGAUAGCAACUGACACCAAAAGUGCAGCCACACAGAAUGAUAGGGAUGUUAGCGAAUCACUAGAGGUUCCAGCUGAGGAUACUGAGGCCUAGAGAGUUCAAGUGAGCUAUGUAGAAGAAAAACUAGAAUUAGAACUCAGGUCUAAAUUUUCUGACUCAGCCCAACUGGGAAAACGAGAACCUCCAUAUAGAUUGAGACAUAUGGGGAAAGUUGGUGUGUUUCACGCCCACUGAGUAUCUGCAAGCCACUGUAGGCUGGCAUUGCAGUUUUCAGCUCUGGCAUGAGCUGAGUGCUGUGUUGUCUUGAAAACUUAGCCACUCCCAGCCUGUGAAGCACUCAGGCAGCCCAGACAUAACCAAUGUUCCCUUACGCAGUCAUUGUCUCACGUGCCAGGAGGUUUUGAAAGCAGAAGCAACAUCAACAGUUGCAGUAUAAACAUUGAAACGAGAAGUGAAUGGGGGAAAAAAAAAGCUGAAUAGACCCAGGUCAGCUGAGCACCUGGGUCUGCUCAUUAACUGCUCCCACCUGCCACAUCCUGAUUCAUCUUGACUGGGUUUGAGGGUGAAUGGGAAUGCAAAGAUCUGAUUUCCUCACGGACCUGUUUUCCAUCAUCUCCAUGCAAACAGCAUAAGCUUGCCUAUCAGAUGUUGUUGUUGUUAGUUGCCGUCAAGUCAGCUCCCAUUCAUGGCAACCCCACGUACAACAGGAUGAAACAGUGAGUCCACUGUUGUGGCUACUGUAUAUUUUGAGUGACUUCCAACAUAGGGGACUCAUCUUCCAGCACUAUAAUAUUCUGUUGUGAUCCAUAGGGGUUUCAUUGACUAAUUUUCAGAAGUAGACUGCCAAGCCUUUCCUCCUAGUUUGUCUUCGUCUGGAAGCUCCACUGAAGCCUAUCCAUCAUGAGUGACCCUACUGGUAUUUGAGAUAUUGGUGGCAUAGCUUCCAGCACCAUAGCAACUCGCAAGCCAUGACUGAAGGACGGUGGUGCUAAUCAGAUAGCCUUGGAUAUGGCCAUUCACAUCCAGCUGCUGAAGACAAAGCUUCUUACUUCUGAGCUGAGUUUUGCCUUGCCCUCUUAAUAGAUGGUAGCUAGGCCUGAGGUUUAUUUGUACAUUUUGUUGCUUGUAAUCUGCUAAAAUUGCUUAGUCCUGUAACAUAUGGGUCUCUUGUAAUUGAAGGUGAACAGUACCAACUCUCUUGUGGACAGGUGACUCAUAUACCUGAAAGGCAUGAAAGAAGGUGUAAAAAUGGCGUGGUGUGGGCGUCCGACCACCUAUAACAUAACAGGAGGGAAGGAGAAUCAAGAUUAACAGCCCAAGGCUGAUUCCUGAGGUAGAGGUCAGACAUGCUUCUACCCUCCAAAUUUUUCACUGAUUAUGACUCCCAUGGCAUUCUCUACUUCUCUGCUGGGUUCGAUAGUUCAUUGCAAUGGCCACACAGAACUCACAGACCAUACAGUUAUAAGGUUUAUUAGGGAAGUGUACUUGUUAGAUGAGAUCAAAUUGGUUCCAAAUCAUAGCAACACUAGGUACAACAGUACAAAAUACUGCCCGAUCCUAUGCCAUCCUCACAGUCGUUGAUGUGCUUGAGACCAUUGUUGCAGCCACUGUGUCAAUCCCUCUCACUGAGGGUAUUCCUCUUUUUCACUGACUCUCUAUUUUACCAAGCAUGAUGUCCUUCUCUAAGAACUGGUCCCUCCUGAUAACAUGUCCAAAGUAUGUGAGACAUAGUCUCGCCAUUCUUACUUCUAAGGAGCAUUCUGGUUGUACUUCUCCCAAGACAGGUUUGUUCAUUCUUCUGGUAGUCCACGGUAUAUUCAAUAUUCUUCAUCAACACCAUAAUUCAAAGGCAUCAACUCUUCACUCUUUCUUAUUCAUUGUCAAGCUUUUGCAUGCAUAUGAGGCGACUGAAAACACCAUGGCUUGGGUCAGGCACUUGUGAGUCCUGAAAGUGACAUCUUUCCUUUUAAUACUUUAAAGAGGUUUUUUGUAGCAGAUUUGCCCAAUCCAAUGCAUCUUUUGAUUUAUUGACUGCUGCUUCCAUGGGUGUUGAUUGUGGAUUGAAGUAAAAUGACAUCCUUGACAACUUCAAUAUUUUCUCCAUUUAUCAUGAUGUUGCUUAUUGGUCCAGUUAUGAGGAUUUUUGUUUUCUUUAUGCUGAGAUGUAAUCCAUACCGAAGGCUGUGGUCUUUGAUUUUCAUCAGUGAAGUUUUUCACAUCCUCUCACUUUCAGCAAGCAACGUUGUGUCAUCUGCAUCUUGCAGGUUGUUGUUGAGUCUUCCUCCAAUCCUGAUGUCAUGUUCUUCUUCAUAUAGUCCAGCUUCUUGAAUUAUUUGCUCAGCAUACACAUUGAAUAGGUGUGGUGAAAAGAUACAACGCUGACACACACCUUUCUUGACUUUCAACCACACAGUAUCCCCUUGUUCUAUUUGAACAAUUCCCUCUUGGUCUAUGUACAUGUUCCUCAUGAGCACGAUUAAGUGUUCUGGAAUUCCCGUUCUUUGCAAUGUUACCCAUUAUUUGUUAUGAUCCACACAGUUGAAUGCCUUUGCAUAGUCAACAAAACACAGGUAAGCAUCGUUCUAGUAUUCUUUGCUUUCAGCCAUGAUUAAUCUGACAUCAGCAAUGAUAUCCUUUGUUCCACGUUCUCUUCUGAAUCCAGUUUGAAUUUCCGGCAGUUCCCUUUCAAUAUACUGCUACAACUGCUUUUGAAUGACCUUCAGCAAAAUUUUACUUGUGCGCGGUAUUAAUGAUAUUGUUUGAUAAUUUUCACAUUUUCUUGGAUCACAUUUCUUUGGAAUGGGUACAAAUACAGAUCUUUCCAGUCAUUUGGCCAGGUAGCUGUCUUCCAAAUUUCUUGGCACAGACAAAUGAGCACUUCCAGUGCUGUAUCCACCCGUUGAAACAUCUCAAUUGGUAUUUCUUCAAUUUCUGGAGACUUGUUUUUCACAAAUGCCUUCAGUAUAGCUUGGACCCCUUGCUUCAAUACCAUCAGUUCUUGAUCAUAUGCCACCUCCUGAAAUGGUUGAAUGUCGACCAGUUCUUUUUGGUAUAAUGACUCUGUGUAUUCCUUCCGUCUUCUUUCAAUGCUUUCCUGCAUCAUUUAAUAUUUUCCCCAUAGAAUUCUUCACUAUUGCAACUCAAGGCUUGAAUUUUUUCUUCAAUUCUUUCAGCUUGAGACUAUUAUUUCCUUUUGGUUUUCUAUCUCCAGGUGUUUGUACAUUUUGUUAUAAUACCUUAUUUUUUCUUCUCCAGCCACCCUUUGAAAUCUUCUGUUCAACUCUUUCACUUCAUCGUUUCUUCCGUUAGCUUUAGCCACUCUACGUUCAAAAGCAACUUUCAGAGUCUUUUCUGGCAUCCAUUUUGGUCUUUUAUUUCUUUCCUGUGUUUUUAAUGAUCUCUUCAUGUAUGAUAUCCUUGAUGUCAACCCCCAACUCGUCUGGUCUUCAGUUAUUAGUGUUAAAUGUGUCAAAUCUAUUCUUGAGAUGGUCUCUAAAUUCAGGUGGGAUAUACUCAAGCUCAUACUUUGGCUCUCAUGGAUUUAUUCUAAUUUUCUUCAGCUUCAACUUGAAGUUGCAUAUGAGCAAUUGGUGGUCUGUUCCACAGUCAGCUGCUGGCCUUUUUGUGACUGAUGAUAUUGAGCUUUUCCAUUGCCUCGUUCCACAGCUGUAGUCAAUUCGAUUCCUGUGUAAUCCAUCUGGUGAGGUCCACAUGAAUACUAACCAUUUAUGUUGGUGAAAAAUGUUAUUUGCAGUGAAGAAGUCUUUGAUCUUGCAAAAUUCUAUCAUUUGAUCUCUGGCAUCGUUUUGAUCACAAAGGUCGUAUUUUCUGACUCCAGAUCUUUCCUGUUUGUUUCCAACUUUCACAUCCCAAUUACUAGUAAUUAUCAAUGCACCUUGAUUGAAUGUUCGAUCAAUUUAAGACUGUAGAAGUUGGUAAAAAUCUUCAAUUUCUUCAUCUCUGGCCUUAGUGGUUGGUGCGUAAAUUUGAAUAAUAGUCAUAUUAACUGGUCGUCCUUGUAGGCUUAUGGAUAUUAUCAUAUCACUGACAGCAUUAUACUUCAGGAUAGAUCUUGAAAUGUUCUUUUUGAUGAUGCACACAAUGCCAUUCCUCCUUAAUUUAUCAUUCCCAGCAUAAUAGGCCAUAUGAUUGUCUGAUUCAAAAUGGGCAAUAUCAGUCCAUUUCAGCUCACCAACGCCUAGGAUAUUGACAUUUAUGCAUUCUACAGUUCUACUCUGUCCUAUAGAGUUGCUAUGGGUCAGAAUCGACUCGACCGCAGUGGGUACUUCAUUUUCGAAGACUUCCAAUUUUCCUCAAUUCAUACUUCAUACAUUCUACCUGAUUAUUAAUGGAUGUUUGCAGCUGUUUCUUUUCAUUUUGAGUCAUGCCACAUCAGCAAAUGAAGGUCAAAUGAAGUAGCAGGUUACAGUUCAGGUUCAGGAGCGCUCAUAUUACAGUUCUUUGUUCAGGACAGCCUCUUCUUAGGCGUGCCCGCAGGCAGGUCUCUCUCUGGCCCUUGGCCUGGCCUCUGCUCUACUUGGGCAAGUGUUACAAAGCUCUUUUAGCUCUGUCAAUAAAUACCCAGAGGCACCCCACUCUACCAGUAAGACUCAGAACAAAGACUCAGCUUUCUUGCUCUGUGGACCAGGAAGCCCACCAUGCCUUCUCCAGCUAGUCUCCUGCCUCUGCUGCCACCGUUUCUGUGCUGCCACUUCUUACCAUCUUCGUUUUACAGUUCUCUCUCUUGAUUUUCUGGUUCCAGGAACUUCUCAGUGCAGGGAUCCCAGGUUCAAAGGAUGUGCUCCACUCCUAGCUCUUCUUUCUUCAUGGUGGUGAGAUCCUUUCCUCCUGCCACUGGGAUGGCUCAUUUUAAUCCUAGCAGGGUGGCAAAACUGACCAAUCCCUUCGUUAGGGUUUUGUAUGCCUUAUUUGCAUAGGCCUACACAUUCAUUGUGUAUGAGUCACAAAGAGGAAGGCCAAUUAAGUAAUUCAUUGCACCACACAAGGGGAUCCAACUUAAUAUGUGGGUAUUUAUCAGGCUGUCCACUUCACAGGCCCUUUUGUCUGUUUUGCCUAGUGAGGCUGCCAAAUACAACAGUUUCAUAUUGCAGUUGUUUCUUCCUGGUUGGAGCAAAAGCAACUUUGAGUGUUUACUUCUAAUAUUUUUCCAAAUUUUGGCUUGGUAAACUUUCACUAUCUUAUUGGCUCUUUGAAGCUUUUAAGAAAACGAAGCAAAAUAUAUAUAUAUAUCUACUCCUCACCAACUAUCUUGUUAUUCUACAUUUUGCAUUUACAACAGUAGUAAAAAACUACUAUCUGACUAUUUUGUGCAUUAAUGAUGUAAAUCUGGGAGUAACAAAUGCUGAGAUUUUACACAGUCUCUCAUGUCAUUUGCUUGGCGAAGGUAUUCAGCAGCAGCAUGAGGAGGGCAGGUCAGAGCAGCCCUUCUUGGCAGAUGCAGCCUUGUAGGGAAAAAGAGGAGAGAGGUGGUUCUCCACUAUUUCCAUGUAGCUGAAUGGGGGAUGGAGCACAGUGGAAUGGUGUCUAAGAGGUGUUGAUGCUGGUGGUCAAUGGCCAAGGAUGCUUGAGCACCACCAGGCCCAGGAUGACGAAGGCGAGGGUCCCACCUGCACUCAGAGCCACCUUCUUACAAUCAAGGCUGGUGCUGCCCUUGCUGGUACCCAUGCCUCUCUUGGAAUACUUGCUGGUCCUGGCCAUGAGGAACACAACUGUGUUCUGCAGUUUGGGCAACUGGCUCAAGGUGCGCAGGACACUGUGGGGUAUCAUGGUGGGGCCUUGGGACAGCUGGCUGGAGGUGUGUAGCUCAGCAUUGUUAGCCCAGUUGUGGGCCUCUCCAGAGUGGAAUGCCACCUUGUGGUGUGGCUUAAUGACCUGCUUGAACUCAGGCUGUGGUGUAGUGAUGGUCUCUGCCUUUUAACGCCAUUGUCACAUGAGGCUGAUUUUUACAGGUCUUUAGAACCUAACCAUGUCAAUAAGUGGGGAGCGUGUGUGUGUGUGUGUGUGUGUGUGUGUGUAUCUGUUAUCUAGUGUUGCUAUAACAGAAAUAACACAACUGGAUAGCUUUAACAAACAGAAAUUUAUUCUUUCACAGUCUAGUGGACUAUGAGUCCAAAUUCAGGGCGUCAGCUCUAGGGGAAGGCUUUCUCUCCCUGUCUGCUCUGGAGGAAGGCCUUGUCAUCAAUCUUCCCCUAGUAGAAGAGUUUCUCAGCAUAGGGACCCUGGGUCCAAAGGAUGCACACUCUUGCUCUUCUUUCUUGGUGGUAUGAGGUCCCCCAAUUCUCUGCUCACUUCCCUUUCCUUUUGUCUCUUGUAAGACAAAAGGUGAUGCAGGCCACACCCUGGGGAAACUCUGUUUACAUUGGAUCAUGGAUGUGACCUGAGCAAGGGUGUUACAUCCCACCCUAAUCCCUUUAACAUAAUCUGAUCUGCCUUAUUAACCACAGGCAGAGAUUGCGAUUUACAACACAUAGGAAAAUUACACCAGUCACAAAAUAGAGGACAAUCACACAAUACUGGGAAUCAUGGCCUAACCAAGUUGACAGAUAUUUUGGGGGGACACAAUUCAAUCCAUGACUAUAUAUAUACAUAUAUGUAUAAUAUCAUAUAUUUAUUAUAUUAUACAGCUGUUUUAGUUGACAUCAACAGAGCGUUUGUCGUAAGACAAUUGUUAAAUCUUGCAGUUGCUUUUUAAAAGAGGAAACAGAGGUGGUAUUUCAGACUUCUUACCCUUCUGAAAUAGUUUUUUUUUCCCUCAGUGCAAGUUUACACAUCAAGUCAGUCUCUCAUACGAAACCUUAUAUAAAAACCUUAUAUACACCUUGCUAUUUUUUAUAUACUCCUUGUUGCUCUCCCCCUAAUGAGACAGCACAUUCCUUCCCUCCACCCUGUGUUUCUGUGUUCAUUCAGCCAGCUUCUGACCCCCUCAGUCUUCACAUCUCCCCUCUGGAGAGGAGCUGCCCAGAUAGUCUCAUGUGUGUACUUUAUCCAAGAAGCCCACUCUUCAUCAGUAUCAUUUUUUGUCUUGUAGUCCAGUCCAAUCCUUGUCUGGAGAGUUGGCUUCGAGAAUGUUUCCUGUCUUGAGUUAACAGAAGGUCUGGGGACCAUGACCUCCGGGAUUCUCUGGUCUCAGUCAGACCAUUAAGUCAGGCCUUUUUUCUAGAAUUUGGGGUCUGCAUCCCACUGCUCUCCUGCUCCAUCAGAGAUUCUCUGUUGUGUUCCCUGUUAGGGCAGUCAUCAGUUGUAGCCAGGCACCAUCUAGUUCUUCUGGUCUCAGGUGGAUGUAGUCUUUGAUUUAUAUGGCCCAUUCUGACUCUUGGGCUCAUACUUACUUUGCGUUUUUGGUGUUCUUCAUUCUCCUUUGUUCCAGGUGGGUUGAGACCAAUUGAUGCAUCUUAGAUGGCCGCUUGCUAGCAUUUAAGACCCCAGAUGCCACUCUCCAAAAUGGGAUGCAGAAUGUUUUCUUAAUAGAUUUUAUUAUGCCAAUUGACAUAGAUGUCCCCUGAAACCAUGGUCCCCAAACCCCGGCCCCCGCUACUCUGGCCUUUGAAGUGUUCGGUUUAUUCAGGGAACUUCUUUUCUUUUGGUAUAGUCCAGUUGUGCUGACUUCUCCUGUAUUGUGUGUGUGUCCAUCCCUUCACCUAAAUUAGUUCUUCUCUACUAUCUAGUGAGUCCCCCUCUCCCUCCCUCUCUCCCUCCCCCUUCUUGUAACCAUCAAAGAAUAUGUUCUUCUCUGUUUACACUAUUUCUUGAGUUCUUAUAAUAGUGGUCUCAUACGAUAUUUGUCCUUUUGCAUCUGACUAAUUUCACUCAUGCUUCCAAAUUUUUUUUAUUUUAUCCAUUCUGUGGAAUCAUACUUUGACAAGGUUUUGAAGCCUAGGUUGAAACUAAUUUUCCUUCAAAUAUUUGAAGGUACUCUCUUAAUUAUCUCUAAUAUUAAUUGUAGCUGUUGAAUUAUUCAAUUCUUCUCAUUGCCUGAUUCUUUGUAAAUGACUCCCCCUACACCACCACUUUGGGCACUGUUAAGAUCUUCUAUUUUUCCCAGGAAUUCUGAAAUCUUACAAUUAUUUCAUUGGAUCCUUUUAUGAACACUUUCAAUCUAGAGAUUUUUGCUUUACAUAGUGUUGGGAAAUUUUCUUGCCAUAUUACCUCAUGCCUUCCUCCUCCUAUUUUCUCUUUUCUUUCUCCAGAAAUCAUUUUGGUUAGAUGUUGGCCUUCUUGAAGUCAUCCUCUAUGUUACUUAUCUUUUCUUUCCUAUUUUUUUUAAUGCUAUGUCUUUUUGUGUGUGUGUGUGUGCUAGUUCUUGGAAGGUUUCCUUAACUUUAUUCUCCAACCUUUCUAUUGAAUGUUCCAUUUUGAUUAAGUUUUUAUUUCCAAGAGUUAUCUCUCGUUCUUUGAUUUACCCUUGUUUCUGACAUUUAUUUCUGAGUAUAAGGAUAUAAUAUCUUCAUUUAUUUGCCUAAAGAUUAUUUAAAUUUUUUUUCCAUAUUUCUUUGUAUUAGUUGUUUCCUCUAGAUUAUUUUCUUCUUUUUUGUCCUUGUGUUGGUCUUCUUCAUGCUAGAGGUUUUUCUCAGCCAUUUGUGGUGCUUUGGCUCUCUGUUCAUAUUUAAGAGUGAGCCUCUAAACAAGGAGGACCUGUGUUGGGGCGUGGCAUAGUGGUUAAGACCUAUGGCUGCUAACCAAAAGAUCAGCAGUUCGAAUCCAACAGGUGCUCCUUGGAAAGUAUACGUGCAGUUCUAGUCUGUCCUAUAGGGUUUUUAUGAGUCAGAAUCAACUUGGCAGCAAUGGGCUUUUUUUUUUUUUUUUUGUAUUGGGGGCAGCACUUGUUGACUUGUGGACUUCUUUUAGGAUUGACUGAGCAGGGAGUCAGUAUGUGGAAGCUUUCUCUCUAAGACCAUUUAGUUUCCCAAAAAGAAUUUUCUGAAAUUCUUGUGUGUGUGUGUGUGUGUGUUUAACCAUCACCACUCUUGCAAAAAAUUUUCAUCACUUCAAACAGAAACCCUGUACCCAUUAAGCAAUAAUUCCCCAUUCUUCCCUUCCCUCAGCCCCUGGCAACACUUAAUCUCUUGUCUGUCUCUAUGCAUUUGCCUCUUCUAGAUAGUUCAUACAAGUGGGAUCAUAUAAUAUUUGUUCUUUCUAUAUAGUUUAUUUCACUUAACAAAGUUUUCAAGGUUCAUCCAUGUUGUAGCAUUAUCAGAACUUCAUUUCUCUUUAUGGCUGAAUAAUAUGCCCUUGCAUGUAUAUUAGCUCUAGUGGUACAGUGGUUAAGAGCUUGGCUGCUACCAAAGGGUCAGAAGUUGAAAUCCACCAGCUGCUCCUCAAAAACCCUAUGUGGCAGUUCUAUUCUGUCCUAUAGGGCCGCUAUAAGCCAGUAUUGACUUUGCUGCAACAAGUUUGUUUUUUAGCAUGUGUAUACCACAUUCUGUUUAUCAAUUCAUCUGUUAAUGGACGUUUGGGUUGUUUCCACUUUUUGGCUAUUGAGAACAGUUCUGCAAAGCACACUGGUGUAUAUGAGUCUGUUUGUGUCACUGUUUUCAAUUCUUUUGGAUAUAUACCCAGGAGGGGAACUGCUGUGUCAUAUUCGAAUCCACCAGGCGCUCCUUGGAAACUCCAUGGGGCAGUUCUACUCUGUCAGAUAGGGUUGCUAUGAGUUGGAAUCAGCUUGAUGGCAAUGGGUUUAUAAUAAUUCUAUAUUUAACUUUUUUGAGGGUCCACAUUGGCUGCCCCAUUUUACAUUCCCACCAGUGAUCAAUUAGGGGUCCAAUUUCUCUACAUCUCACUGACACUUUUGUUGUUGUUGUUGUUGUUUAAUAAUAGCCAUUGUUAUGGAUUGAAAUGUGUCCCCCCAAAAUGUGUGUCAAUUUGCCUAGGCCUUGAUUCCUAGUGUUGUGUGAUUGUCCACCAUUUUGUCAUCUGAUGUGAUUUUCUUUUGUGUUGUAAAUCCUCUGUCUAUGAUGUUAGUGUGAUGAGAUUUAUGGCAGUUAUAUUGAUGAGGCAAGGCUCAAUCUACAAGAUUAGGUUGUGUCUUAAGUUAAUCUCUUUUGAAUAUAAAAGAGAGAAUCAAGUAGAGAGACAUGAAGACCUCAUACCACCAAGAAAGCAGAACCAGGAACAGAGUGUGUCCUUUGGACCCAUGGUUCCCGCUUGGAGAAGCUCCUAGACCAAGGGAAGAUUGAUGACAAGGCCCUUCCCCCAGAACUGACAGAGAGAGAAAGCCUUCCCCUGGUGCUGACACCCUGAAUUGACCCUGAAUCUACUAGACUGUGAGAGAAUAAAUUUCUCUUUGUUAAAGCCAUCCAUUUGUAGUAUUUCUGUUAUAGCAGUACUAGAAACUAAGACAGGUAAUGAUGCUAAACACCUUUUCAUGUACUUAUUGGUUAUUUGUAUAUCUCCUUUGGAGAAAUGUCUAUUCAAGUCCUUCGCCCAUUUUUUAAUUGGGUUGUUUGUCUUCUGAUUUUUUUUUUUUUUAACAUGCCUGGUUCUCUGCAUACUGGGGAAAGAUGACUGUAAGGCCCUUCUAUUUUCUCUGCAGAUUCCCAUGUACCUUCCCUUUGCUGGAAACCCUGGUGGUGUAGUGGUUAAGUGCUACCACUGCUAACCUAAGCAGUUCGAAUCCACCAGGCUCUCCUUGGAGACUCUAUGGGACAGUUCUACUCUGUCCUAUAGGGUCACUAUGAGUCAGAAUCAACUCGAUGGCAACGGGUUUGGUUUUUUGGUGUUUUUUUUUCCCCCCUCUGCUACCUCCAUUCUUUGAGUUUAAGCUUUCCAAUUCAAAUAAUACAGAAAAAAAGCUUUUAGUUUAUAGCCUGGGAAAUUAGUAGCCUGACUGUGUGAGAUGAAGCAAAAGGUAUAAGAGACUGGUUGGCUACUCCAUAAACAAACUUUCAACAACCCACUAUUUUUAACUCCCCGUCUCAUAUCAGCCAUUCACUGUAUCUGCUAUGUCCAAAUUCUGAUCAUCUCAGGUUUUCUGUUGGUAACCCUCUCCAUGUGAUCGAGAUAAACACUUUCUCCUCCCUGCUAAAUCACUCACCUCUGCUCUGUAUGGUCCUGUCUUCCAAAAUUGUGUUGAAAUCUCUUAUCUGUUUUCAUUUUCUUCUUUAUUCUCUUAAUUUUUUAUGGGUUUCCACCUGUGUGUGUGUGUGUUUUCGUUUACUAUCCAUUUAGUGUCAUUUCAAACUGGAGAGAUUUAAAAAACUACCAUCUUAAAACAUCCCCAGGUUAAUUUUAGAUAACUCAUCUACUAAAAACAAUUCUUUUGUGGUUUUAUUUGGAGUGCUUUGGAUUUAUUAGUGAAUUUAAGAAGAAUUUUCAAUUAUCUAACUGGGUUUUUUUCUACUCAAGAACAUGGCAAAUCUCUCAAUUUAUUUUGAUCAUAAUUAACUUAUAAAUUAAAAAAAAAUUUUUCUUCAUAACUCUCUUCAUGUGAGGUUUACUGCUAAAAAUAUUCAUCUAAAGAAAUGAAUAGGAUAAGGGACACAAUUGAAAAACAAAUCUGUAAGCUUGAAGAAUGAGCUAAGGAAUUGUCCCAGAACACAGUGUUAUGGAUUGAAUUGUGUCCCUCAAAAAUAUGUGUUGUAAAUCCUAACUUCUGUGCCUGUAGUUAUAAUCCCAAAUUGUUAUGGAUUGAAUUGUGUCCCUCAAAAAUAUGUGUUGUAAAAUCCUAACUUCUGUGCCUGUAGUUAUAAUCCCAUUUGGGAAUGGGUUGUCUUUGUUGUGUUAAUGAGAGAGGAUUAGUGUAGGAUGUGUCUUAAAUCGAUCUCUCUUUUUUUUGGAUUAUGCUAUUUCUGUUUUUUUAAUUUUUUUAAUUUUUAUUGUGCUUUGAGCGAAAGUUUACAAAUCAAGUCAGUCUCAUAUACAAAAAUUUAUAUACACUUUGCUAUAUACUCCUAGUUGCUCUCCCCCUAAUGAGACAGCACACCACUUCUCUCUACCCUGUAUUCCCAUGUCCAUUCAACCAGCUUCUGUCCCCCUCUGCCUUCUCAUCUACCCUCCAGACAGGAGCUUCCCACAUAGUCUCAUGUGUCUACUUGAUCCAAGGAGCUUACUCCUCACCAGUAUCAUUUUCUAUUUUAUAGUCCAGUCCAAUCCCUAUCUGAAGAUUUGGCUUUGGGAAUGGUUCCAGUCUUGGGUUAACAGAAGAUCUGGGGACCAUGACCUCUGGGGUCCUUCUAGUCUCAGUCAGACCAUUAAGUCUGGUCUUUUUAUGAGAAUUUGAGCUCUGCAACCCACUGCUGUCCUGCUCCAUCAGGGAUUCUCUGUUGUGUUCCCUGUCAGGGCAAUCAUCGGUUGUAGCUGGGCAUCAUCUAGUUAUUCUGGUCUCAGGCUGAAGUGGUCUCUGGUUUAUGUGGCCCUUUCUGUCUCUUGGACUCAUAAUUACCUUGUGCCUUUGGUAUUCUUCAUUCUCCUUUGCUCCAGGUGAUUGAGACCAAUUGAUGCAUUUUAGAUGGCCGCUUGCUAGCAUUUAAGACUCUAGAUGCCACUCACCAAAGUGGAAUAUAAAAUGUUUUCUCAAUAGAUUUUAUUAUGCCAAUUGACCUAGAUGUCCCCUGAAACCAUGGUCCCCAAACCCCUGGCCCUUCUACUCUGGCCUUUGAAGUGUUCAGUUUAUUCAGGAAACUGGUUUUGGUUUAUUCCAGCUGUGCUGACCUCUCCUGUAUUGUAUGUUGUUUUUCCCUUCACCUAAAAUAGUUCUUGUCUACUAUGUAAUUAAUGAAUGCCCUUCUCCCCUCCUCCCUCCCCACUCUCGUAACCUUCAAAGAAUAUUUUCUUCUCUGUUUAAACUAUUUCUUGAGUUCUUAUAAUAGUGGUCUCAUACAAUGUUCGUCCUUUUGCAGCUGGCUAAUUUCACUCAGCAUAAUGCCUUCCAGAUUCCCCCAUGUUAUGAAAUGUUUCAGAUUCAUCACUGUUCUUUAUCGAUGCACAGUAUUCCAUUGUGUGAAUAUACCAUAAUUUAUCCAUUCAUCCAUUGAUGCGCACCUUGAUUGCUUCCAUCUUUUUGCUUUUGUAAACAGUGCUGCAAUGAACAUGGGUGUGCAUAUAUUUGUUUGUGUAAAGGCUCUUAUUUCUCUAGGAUAUAUUCCAAGGAGUGGGAUUGCUGGAUCAUAUGAUAGUUCUAUUUCUAGCUUUUUAAGGAAGCGCCAAGUCCAUUUCCAAAGUGGUUGUACCAUUUGACAUUCCCACCAGCAGUAUAGAAGUUUUCCAAUCUCUCCACAGCCUCUCCGACAUUUAUUAUUUUGUGUUUUUUGGAUUAAUGCCAGCCUUGUUGGAGUGAGAUGGAAUCUCAUAGUAUCUUUGAUUUGCAUUUCUCUAAUGGCUAAUGAUCAUGAGCAUUUCCUCAUGCAUCUGUUAGCUACCUGAAUGUCUUCUUUAGUGAAGUGCCGCUCAUAUCCUUUACCCAGUUUUUAAUUGGGUUAUUUGUCUUUUUGUUUUGGGUUUUUGCAGGAUCCUGUGGAUUUUAGCAAUCAGACACUGAUUGGAAAUGUCAUAGCUAAAAUCUUUUUCCCAAUCUGUAGGUAGUCUUUUUACUCUUUUGGAGAAGUCUUUGGAUGAACAUAGGUGUUUGGUUUUUAGGAGGUCCCAGUUAUCUAAUUUCUCUUCUUGUGUUUGUGCAUUGUUAGUAAUGUUUUGUAUACUAUUUAUGCCUUGUAUUAUGAAUCCCAGCAUUGUCCCUACUUUUUCUUCCAUGAUCUUUAUCAUUUUAGAUUUUAUAUUUAGGUCUUUGAUCCAUCUUGAGUUAGUUUUUGUGCAUGGUGUGAGGUAUAGGUCUUUUUUCAUUUUUCUGCAGAUGGAUAUCCAGUUAUGGCAGCACCAUUUGUUAAAGAGACUAUCUUUUUCCCAUUAAAUCAAUCUUUUUUGAGAAACAAAAGAGAUUAAAGAAGCAAGUAAGAGAAGCAGAGAUGGGGAAAGAGAGAUGCCAAGCCACAUGAAGAUCACCCAGGAGUGGAAGCUAAAAGAGAUAAGGACCUUCUUCUAUAACUGACAGAGAAAGAAAGCCUUCCCUUAGAGCCAGCACCCUUAAUUUGGACUUCUAGCCUCCUAGAGUGUGAGAAAACAAAUUUCUGUUUGUUAAAGCCACCCAUUUGUGGUACUUUUGUUAUAGCAGCACUAGAUAACUAAGACAGAAUAUGGUACUAACAGAAUGGCAUGGUGCUCUAACAGAUAUCUAAAAUGUGGAAGUAGUUUUGGAGCUGGGUAAUGGGUAGAGGUUGGAAGAGUUUUAAGGUGCCUAAUAGUAAUUUUCUUUUAAUAGUAAAGCCAAGGAAUCUUGGUGGUGCACUGGUUAAGUGCUUGGCUGCCAACCAAAAAGUCAGCUGCUCGAACCCACCAGCCACUCCAAGAAAGAAAGAUGUGGCAGUCUGCUUCCAUAAAGAUUAUAGCCUUGGAAACCCUCUGGGGUAGUUUUAUGUCCUAUAGGGUUGCUAUGGGUCGUAAUGAGUUUAGAGCAAUGAGGAAUGGGAUAAUAGAAAGCCUAGAUUACCUUGAAGAAACUGUUGGUAGAAUUAUGGAUAUCAAAGACAGGUCUGAUGAGGCCUCACAAGGAAGUGAGAGCUAUAGAGAGUCUCUAUUGUCCUAUAGAUUAUAUAUUGCGCCAGCAACAGAAUGUCGUUAGAAAUGCAGACUAUAAAUGUGCUUCUGGUGAGACUUUAAAGGAAAAUGAUGAACAUGUGAUUGGACAGUGGAAGAAGGGAAAUGAUUUUUAUGCAGUGGCAAAGAACUUGUCUGAAUUAUGUUCAAAUGUUUGGUAGAAGGUAGAACUUAUAAGCGAUUAGCUUGUAUAUUUAGCUGAGGAGAUUUCUAAGCAAGAUCUUAAAGGGCUGCAUGAUUUCUCCUUGCUGCUUAUACUAAGAUGUGAGAGGAAAAAGAUGGACUUAAAAAUGAACUGUGCAAAAUGAACGUGAAACUUAAAGAUUUGGAAAAUUUUGUUGUACAAACUAAGGACAUGUGUCCUAGAAUUUUCAACAAGGGCAUGGCUACACAAUCUUUUGUUAAAGGGAUUAAGCCUGUGACUGAUGAGUCUAACCAGCUACGACAGCAGAAAAUCCACCAGUUUAGACUAAAGGGGACAGAGAAAGAAUGAAGGGAGAAAAGGCUGUCUGCCUCUUGGAAUUCUAUAGGCAGGAAACAGGCCAAAGGAGCUACAUCUGUUGUCAUUCCUGGAGCAGCUUGGAGAUAUCUUUAGGGGAAUAGAGAUGCCAAGCCAUGCGAAGGCUGCCCAGGAGCAGAAGCUCAAAGAGACAAAGACCCUCCUCCAGAGCCAACAGAGAAAGUCUUCACCUAGAGCCAGCACCCUGAACUCAGACUUCUUACCUCCUAAACUGUAAGAACAUAAAUUUCUGUUUAUUCAAACCAUCCACUUUUGACAUUUCUUUUAUAGCAGCAGUAGAUAACCAAGACAACGGUGCAAAGGACAAAGACAUAAAGUAUGAGAAAAGCUAAGGGACUUGGCAAGCAGAUCCAGAAAUUCCAACAUCCUUCUCUUAAGUGUUCCAAGAGAGAACAGAGUGAAUAAUAGGAAGAAACCAUCAAAGAAAUUAAAGAAUAAAAUUUCCUAAAGUUGCAAAAUGAAAAAAACAAAAAAAUAAAACCCUCCUCCAUACUGAGGUGAAAUUUCAAAAUUAAAGAGAAAAUUCUCAAGGAUUCAAUUGAAGAACUUUCUUCACUUCUCAUGAUAGACAGACUGGAAUCACUGACUGCAAAUACUUGUCUCUGGAGCAAGCAUUGUGUGUCACCAGUAACAAGAGGCCCUGUGGAAGUCUUGUCAAGACUGUGUUACUAUGUUUGAGUUGUUGUUGGCAACCAUUGAGGACCACCAAUUAACAGCAGAUUGCACAGGACCUACUUCUCUUCCGGGCAGUUUUGAUGCCUCCAGAGUUCCCAGCCACUCAUCCAACAUCCAACUCACUCCAUUUGGAGAACCACCCUCUCUCCUCACACUUCCAUUGGCUUUGAACACCACCCCCCCCAAAAAAAGAACCCUUUGGAAGAGAAGGCGGGGCUUAGACACUUAGAAUUCAAAAUCCCUGCUCCGCUGGAAUAGAGAAAGAACACCCUUCGCAUAAAAGGAAAGUCCAAAGCAAUGCCUGAGGCUGCUGAAGUUUUGGGACACUUAGGUCCCAACCUCACAUUUUCUUUCUUUUUCCUCAAAUGUCCAAGAAGAAAAUGUGUUCAGUGCAAAAUCCUCAUUUUUGAAGUGCUCUGUCCUGAAUUGUGCGUAGUGAGAUGUGGACUAAUAAAGUGGUGUACCUACUAGAAAAAUAUGUAUACCCAUAUACGUGCACAUACAUAUUUUUGCUUAGGAAGGAUACCUUGAAACCACCUAAAAGGCAAGCUUUAUUCCUCAUUUUACAGAGGAACAAAUGGGUUACAAACAGCAGCUUGAUAAGUGUGAAUGGACAGUUCCACUUGUCAGUAAGGCUGACAGGGGUAGGGGAGUUUUCAUGCCAAUUAUAUGUAUGAGACACCUAAUCUGUUCUAGCACAAACUGCUGAAACCCUUCCUUUUCAGACGCCUCUGAGUUACAGCCUGUCAACUGCAGGUUUAGGCCCCCACAAAGCAUGAGCAUCAGAGUCCUGGAUUAGGCAUCAUGAUUGUAUGCUCUAGGUGUAUUCCGUUUAUUCAUUCAAUUGCUCAAUUACUGUGAAAUGAAGCCCACCUCUACACCAGGUCUAUUGCCUGGUGCUUAGAAGAGAAAGAUGAAAUAGGCUUGCCUAUAAUGGGCUCACAUUCCUGCUCGUUACCUACUGCCCUGGUAGGUUCUUGUAAGUCAUUUAAGCUCCCUACUUCUUCAGUUCAUCUUUAAAUGGAAAUAAUGCUAGAUUUGCCUAUCUGACUCACAAGUCCUUUGUGUAAAACUAGUCACAUAAUAUAUAUGAAAGUAGCUAUGGGAAAACCCAUAGGACAUAAUUAUUUUUUCUAUAUGACGUUUCUGUCCUAAUUAACUUGAAUUUCUAAAUAAAUGUUGAAUUCAAAUAAUGCUUUCAUCUUCUACCAGAAUGAGCUUCUUCUUGACUUGUGGUUGUUGUAUACCCCUUCUUUCUCAUCUCUUGCUAUCUCUUUUCCACGGUGUUCUGCAGGGAGUGUGCAAAUCACUUCUGCUGUGGAUAUGCGAGUCCCAUCUGUCCUUAAAAUGCUAAGGAGAGAUGCAAUGCUGCUGGCUGGGUGGAUCCUCACUGAGCACUCCUGACUGGUGACAUCCACCACCUUUAACCUUCCUAUGGGAAGUCCCAGUUGCUAUAUUAGGGAUUCUCAAGAGCUGGAGGCUGAUUUUCCAUUGAUGGCAUUCUGAUUUCUACCCAGUGGAUGGCUCUAUUGUGAAAGGGGUUUCACUAGGUAAUCUGGCCAGAUUGCCUAUUUUAAAUCAAAAUAGUGAUAUUAACACUUCAGUGUUCUAAGAAUUUUACAUAUAUUAACUUAUUUAAUCCUCAUAACAAACUUGUAUUAUCCCAUGCCAUGGAGGGAAAAAAAAAUGAGACUCAGAGAGCUCAAUAAACGUACUCAAGGUCAUAUAGCUGGCGAGUAGUAGAGCCAGGAUUUGAUCCCAGGCCAUCUGUCCCCACAGUCUAGUUUGUUAACCACAUUACUACCCUGUCUCUUAAAUUUUCUAUGCUUAACUAGUUAACAGUCAAGAAAAUCUCCCAGCAUUUAAAGUACCUAAUAGGUGGAGACCAAGAUAGCAGUUUAGUCAGACAUACCAUGCUGUCCCCCAACAAAAAAGACCCGAGAAACCAAGUGAAACAGAUACAGAUGACAAUCCCGGAACUCUGAACAUCAAAAGGAAGGAUGAAGAAUUAGAUCAAACACCAACUGGAAGGAAAAACUCAACAAAAACUGUGAACAAGGAGAGUUACAUACUGGAGGUAUCCUAACAGCUGGCUUGGCACAGAGUGGCCAUUUUGAGACAAAGUGAGGAGUGACCCUAGGUGAGGAGCACAGGAAGGCAACUUCACAUAAUUCUGAAUAGGAGUCAGAGAAAUUGUGUAGACAAACCUGGAGAGAAGCAAGGUGAGCAGGACAUGAACCAGAUCUAAGAUGGGAAAAUACAGGAAGGUAGAUGAGAGCUCCAGGAAUCCUGGUGACCAUAUAGCAGGAGGGGAGCCAGGAACCAGACAGGAACACUCACCAGUGGUGGUCCCUGACCAUUAGGGUGGGUGGUGCACAGAGAAUAAAAGAUCCAAAGAGUAUCAGCAGGAGGUCCCCAACCAGGCCAGACUCCGAGCAGUGCCCCCUUGCAUUGGUUGGCACUAGGUCCCAGUUGCUGACUGCAGCCUACGGGGAGAGCCCUGACACCUGUACACAGUGACCAGGGGAACAUGUUCCCCUUCCCCCUGCCCUUCUGGUGACCAGUGGCAUGAGCCCCCUGCCCCUGCCGCCUUGCCCACCCAGGGAUCAUGGUACAAACUUCCCUUUCCCCCUAGCCCUGCCCCACUUGUGAAUGGUGACAUGCACCCACCCCAGCUGCCAUCACCCCCCUGCUGCCCACCCAACUGGCAAGCUGCAAUACCCACUCCUGAGCUGCCAGAUGCACAACCAGUGGCAGCACAUUCCCACCCUGCCCUCUGCCUGCUGCCAUCCUACCCACCCAGUGAUAGGUGGUGAGUGAUCCUUUGCUACUAGACUGGCAACCAUCCAAGCACACCCACUCCACCUCCCCUGAUAUAUCAAAACAAAACAAAAAAAAAAAAAUCAGGACAAAACAAACAAACAUACAAUCAAUCAAUAAAUAUAUAAAUGAAUAAAAUAACACUUUAGUGCUUUGGAGACAGCAAGAAAUAACAAAUCAUAUGAAGAAACAGGAUAAGAUGGCUCAGAUAAAUGAGCAAAAUAUAGGAAAAGAAAACCUUCCUGAAGAAGUGAUAAUACCUGAGAAGAAAUUCAAAAGACUUAUAUUUACGAUACUCAAAUAGAACCUCAAAGGAAGACACAGAAAAAACUCUAGAAGAAUUUAGGAAAACAAUACCAGAACAAAACGACAGACCUCAAUAGACAGUGAGGAACCAUACAAAAACAACAGCUAGAAAUUCAGAAGAUUAACAAUAAAAUAUCAGAAAUCAACAGCACAAUGGAAGGACAUAGCAGUAGAAUGGAAUCAAUGGAAGAAAGAAUCAGUGAAAUAGAGGAAUAAACCCUUGAUACUAAUUUGUUUGAAGAUCAAUCAGAAAAAAGAGUGAAGAAAAAUGAAGAACACAUAAGAGUUAUGUGGGAUGCCAUCAAGAAGAAUAAUUUACACAUAAUAUGAAUUCCAGAAGAAGAGAGAAAAAAAUACAUUGAGAAUUUUUUAAGGUAUAUUGUCAGAAAACUUCCCAAAUACCAUGAAAGACGAGAAGGUUUCCAUCCAAGAAGCCCAACGAACCCCAUACAGGAUAGACCCCAGAAGAAAUUCACCGAAACAUAUAAUCAAACUUGACAAAACCAAAGACAAACAAAGAAUCCCGAAAGCAGCUCAUGAAAAAGGAAAUAUCUUUUACAAAGGGACACCAAUAAGACUAAGCACCAAUUUCUCAUCAGAAACCAUGCAGGCGAGAAGGCAAUGGAAUGACAUACAUAAAGCCCUGAAAGAAAAGAAUUGCCAACCAAGAAUCAUAUAUCCAGAAAAAUUGUCUUUCAGAUAAGUAGCAAUUAAGGAAUUUGUAAAAAAAACAGACCAGUUUUACAAGAAAUAUUAAAGGGAAUCCUUCCGAGAGAGAACCAACAAAAUCAGACAAAAACCUGAGACAAAAACACAUGACAGAAUCAUUGAGAUACCAACCAGAUAAAGAUUUCACAAAAUUAAAACAAAGCUACAAAACUGACUAUAGGAAACCAGAGGUGUUAAGCUGUAAAUGAAGACAGCUUCAAAACAAAAAUGGGGUAUAAAAGGUGUAGUUACAGAACUUCUACAUGGAGAGGAAGUCAAGUUGCUUCCAAGAUAUAACCAGAAAGUUAUAUAUUUAAGAGGAUGAAGGUAAAUUUCAGGGUAACCACAAAGAAAAUUAAUAAAUCUACUCGCCAAAAUAAAGAAGAAAAUGAAAAAGACUCAGUAAACACAAAAACAACAGCAACAACCGAUAGGAACAGAAAACCCAUAUACAAAAGGAACUCAGCACAGUUCCUCUUCCAAGAAAAGUAAAAGGAACAAAAAAGCCAUUAACAUCACAAAGAAAAGUAUAACAAAUGACAGCAAUGAAUUUAUACAUAUUGUUGAUCACACUGUAUGUAAAUGAAUUAAAUGCACCAGUCAAGAGACAGAGUGGCAGAAUGUAUUAAAAAAAAAAAAAAAUGACUCAUCAAUAUGUUGCCUCAAGAGACCCAAAGAAAUAAAUAAGUUAAAAAUCAAAAGAUGGAAAAAUAUAUCAAGGAAACGGUAACUCAAAGAGAGCAGGAGAGGCAAUAAUUUUGGAUAAGUUAAAAUCCAUUAUAAAGACAAAGAAGGGCACUAUAUAAUGAUCAAAGGGUCAAUUCACCAAGAGGACAUAACCAUAAUAAAUAUUUAUGGAGCGAAUGACUGAGCUCCAAAAUAUAUAAAACAAACUAACAGAAUCAAAAAGAGAAAUAGAUAGCUCUACAAUAAUAGAAGACUUUAACACACCACUUUCAACAAUGGACAGAACGACUAGAAAGAAAUUUAAUAAAGAUACAACAAAAAGACCCAUUGCCAUUGAGUCGAUUCCGACUCAUAGCGACCUUAUAAAGAUACGGAACAUCUAAAUAGCACAGUCAGCCAACUUGACCUCAUAGACAUAUACAGAAUCCACUACCCAACAUUAGCACAGUACAGAUUCUUCUCCAGUGCACGUGGAUCAUUCUUCAAAAUAGACCAAAUUCUAGGCCACAAAGUAAGCACCAAUAAUUUUUUUAAAAAUCAACAUAAUACAAAGCAUUUUUCUCUGACCAUAACACUAGAAAUCAAUAACAGAAAGAGCAAGGAAACAAAACAAAACAAAACAUGGAAACUGAAUAACACAUUUCUUAAAAAAUAAUUGGGUCAUAGGAGAAAUUAAAAAUGAAAUUUAAAAAUUCUUAGAAUCAAACAUACCAAAACCUCUGGGACACAGCAAAAGCAAGCCUCAGAGGAAAGUUUACAGCAAUAAAUGCACACAUCAAAAAAGAAGAAAGGCCCCAAAUCAAUAGCUUAACCUGACAACUUGAACAAUUGGAAAAGGAACAGCAAAAGAAGUUCACAGUCUCCAGAAGAAAGGAAAUAAUAAAGAUCAGAGCAAAAAUGAGUGAAAUGGAAAAACAGUAGAAUCAACAAGACUAGAAACUGGUUCUUUGAGGGGAUCAAUAAACUUGACAAACCACUGAUCAAACUGACAAAGAAAAAAAAGAGAUGGAAAUAACCAAAGUGGAAGAAAUGAAAUGAGCAACGUUAUAACAGAACCAACUGAGAUAAAGAGGAUCAUAACAGAAUAUUAUGGAAAAUUGUGCUCCAACAAAUUUGAAAACCUAGAAGAAAUAAAUUUCUGGAAACACAUUACCUAUUUAAGCUAACACAAAUAGAGGUAGAAAAUCUAAACGGACCCAUAACAAAAGAAGAAACUAAAGAUGUCUUAAAAAAAAAAAAAACAAAACUCCUAACAACAACAAAAAGCCC